CCGGCCUGAGCGCGAUUUUCGUUGCAGGUCGACCAUAUUGUUAGACCCGUUCUCAGACCUUACCAAGGUCUCUGAGAGCGGUCACCUUCUCGAAACCAUACUGCCUCUUAGCAGGCAGACCCUCCAUUUGAAUGCCACCGGCAGCUUCGGACGAUUUGUUUCGCCAGCAGAGCCGGUCCCCAGGUGACACCAUUCCUCCCGAGGAUAAUACACGUCUGAACCCGGAGCAUGAACUUGGGGGCAAGAGCAAGAAGAAAGGAAAAAGCGGAUCAAAGGCCAAGGCUAAAGCGGCGAAAGCAGCGGCCAAGUCCUCACCGGGCGACCUAGAGGAACUCUCACCACCUCUGCUGGCAGAGCCGUCGUCUUGUCCAAAUCCUACAUUAGAGCCUCCGACUAGUCACAAUAUUGUGUCACCGGUUCUCGACGCCCUGGACUCUCUGGGAGAUUCCCCCGAAAAUGAUGUCACCUACCGGACGGAUACUUGGGCCAAGUCUAUCCCUUUCGGCAAAAGCCCACCUAAUGACGUGACAGAUGGUGAAUUUGCUAGCGGAUCACCGUUUGGAUUCCUCACAAGUCAUGAUAAAGGCGGGUUCAGCCAGCCUUCAUCGGCCUCGCCUUCCAGCAGGACAAGGCCUUUGAGUUAUGGACAUGGUUACUCUACUAGUAAUACGUCCAGGCAACCGUCUGCAGACCGGCACAAGAGCAACCCUGUCAGCAGCCCAUUCAACAACCAGAUACCCCUGCCCCAUUUACCGCAGGCCCACUUUUACGGCGCACCAGAUAUCGAGUUACCCGUGUCUUUUGCACAAAGUAGGCCGAUCAGUGACGGGGGCUACUCUUUUUGUGCCUUUGAUACAAUUCUGAGCCAGUGGUUCAAGGCGUCUAGGAUAGGGAGCAACGUCCUUCUUGUCGGUACAGACGGUGCUCUAGACAUUCUUGCCAUAGAAGAUCAGAAGACUCGUCUGGUGGGCAAGCUGACCGGUCUGAAUGGUCGGGUGAUCGAGGCCAAGUUGCUGACGAGUACCUCGGCGAAUGACCCGAACUCCGCAUCCAGACCCCAUAUUGCUGUCAUUACUCAUGGACCCUGUUCUGUACCUGAUGAUGAGGGCCACGCCUCCUCUACCGGGUCCGAAACAAACGAGAUCCCAGCUGGUCGACCGUCAAUCUCUGGUGGUCGUAUCAAUAAGGACGAAUUAAAAUAUUACCAAACGCGAGUCGAUGUCUAUUCUCUGAGAAAUGGAGAGCACAUUACAACGCUUCUGACGACACCGCCGGUCCAGUGCUUUGGGAAUAUUCCAGGGAUGCCGGUUUUGGCUCCGCCGCCUGUCGGCAACCUGAAGCUUUAUGCUAGCGGCAGUUACGUUGUUGUGGCAUCCGGGUCGAGUGGAGAAGUCUACACCUACGGCAUAGGCAAGUAUCAGUGUCUCGGCAAGAUUUGGACGAGCAUCCAGUCAAAGGAAUCUCGACGAUACUCGACCUCGUCUAGCUCCACUGAUCCGGAUGGUUCGCAGCCCGACUCACCUCAUGGACCUCCCAACCAUGACAACCCGAUCAUAUCUCUCAGAGGAAGGUGGUUGGCUACGGUCCCCCCACCGACCACUUACAGAGCAUCCCUUCGUGCAACGGUUCCUGCAUCUCUCCUACAGGGAAAGACUAUUGGGCUUGAGACUCGUAGCCCGCCGUCCCGACCAGUACUAACAUGCGCUACUGACGUCGGCGAGGGUGAGAGUUUCUUUGGCAAAGUCGCCCGAGGCGUGACACAGGAGCUUAUGCGUGGUGCUCGCUGGAUGGGUGAUCAGGGACUGCAGGCUUGGAACAAUUACUGGAACAAAGAACAGGCACAAAGCGUUUCAUCACGUCGAUCUCCCAACCUGAUGGAUUUCUCACCGCAGGGCUACAACAUCUUUCCCCCCACGCACUCUCAGGAAACCCAGACCGCAUCCCCUGCUGAGCCGGAUCUAGUUUCAGUGACGGACUUACAGAGACUAGAAGAGGGCACUGAGACAAAGAACGCUUUAUUCGGUUCCAUGACCACAUUUCAAGUGCCCAAUGGCUGUAGCUUUCUUUCUUUCUCUCCCAAUGGCUUGAUGUUGCUUACCGUGAGUAAGAAAGGAGACGUCCAGUAUGUUUGGGAUCUUCUGCAGGCGAAGUAUUGCCGGGCAGGGGCUUUACUCUCCGACGACCCCACAUCUGCGCAACCGAGCGUGCGGCAGGUCGCGAGGUUUUCGCGGUUGACAGCAUCCCGCAUUAUAGACGUGGUAUGGUGUCCUCCGUCUGGCGACAAACUUGCAAUCAUCACCGGUAAGCCCACGGUGCAUGUGUUUGACCUGCCACGAUCCGCUUUCCAGUGGCCCCCUUUCCGUCGAGCUAGACCACAGCCUACCAAGGCCCCUACCAAUGAUCUUCCAGCCGAGGAGCUGUCUGACCGGGCGGCCGCCGCAAAUCCCCUGUCAGCAGCCUUCAAAAUGGUUGGAGGUAAGACACAGCCCAUUCUUGCCGCAGUGAGGGGUCGUGCACCUUCGACUGGUGCGGCCUUCAACUCGAUGGGUGGAUUCACGAUUCCUUCCACUGCUGGUGUUAGUGGCAAGGCCGUUGCCGCUGGUCUGAGCAAAUCAAUGGGAGCCGCCGCGACCGGCACGGUUAAAACAGUCAAUACAUUUCGACAUGGCGGCGAGCAUCGCCUGCAUCUGUCCGGGCUCUCCCGUGACCCAGUUGCAUCCCGUGUAACCUGGGUAAUCAGCAAGGGCAUGCCCUUCCUGGGGCUUUUAGAUGGGGGGUUCUUCCGCCUAUAUCGAAUCAAGCGCUCGAUGUCCGCCAAUCGGAAUCGGCAGCUGCAGUCAGCCAUUGGAGAAAAGGCAUUGGAAUUUCGACUACCUCCAAUUCUGCAGACACCUUGCGGCCCUCUGACCGUUGGGACUCUUGGCGCAGAAACCAAUGUCUGGGCUACUCUGGCUUUGCCCUCUUCCACUGCCCGUCCCCCUGCGUCAUCGAAGCUCAAGUCUCAGCCCCUCUCGCAGGCGGAAAUUGAGACCAACACGCCAUAUCAGCCUUUCCACACUGAUCAGAGGGUAAACCUCUUUGUUUAUUCCGAAAUGAAUGACGCUGAGACAUCGGUCCCGACUGGUCAGUGGGUCUUUGGAGGCUCUUUGCCGACGUCCAAGCUCCACGUCCGUCCUUUCAGCUCCCACAGUGAAGACGACGAGGACGACUUGAUGCAAGAGAACCACCAGGGCUUCGGUGAGGAAAUGGAGAAUCUGAUCAGCCUCGGGAACAGUACCGGAAACGUCGAAGAAGUGGUAAUCACAACCCGUCGGAAGAAGAAAUCCACUUCAGCAUUGGCCUCGGGCAAUGGAGUUGACGAUGGAUUUUUUGAGGAUGACUGUGAAGUCCUGGAUUUUGCGCGAGACCGGGUCUGACAUCAACAGUGGCCGAACAUGAUGUUUUGGAGUGGCAUCUUCAUGAUUGGACUAAUCUACAAUUAUCUGGACAUUACAUUGGAAUGGGCGUUGGCGUGCCUGGGAUUUUGUUUUCCACUCUUCUCCGCUUUUACUAAUGCCCAUUGCAUAUUACCCUAGAGCAUUAUCGUCCACGCCUGCACCAGAGUCAACGAUCUUUUCCUGGCGCGGGGGUAGUGAACAACUUGGAUGGCAGGACCGUUGACCAAAGUCCGGAGCUGGAUUCAAUCAUUGCAUCCAUAUGAACGUUUGCUGCUCUUAUACCGGCGCCCUGUCUGCUCCUCUCGCGAGGUGACAUUGCAUUCUGAACUGUGUUUCAUACUCAAUACUGUACUUCAAAUCAGAUAGAUAAGGAUUUUGUUCGGGCACUGACUCUUGUAUACGUGUUGCCAGCGGG